AUGACGUUGGCAAAGUCUAUUGCUUUUAACAUCAAGCACUUGACAACCACCAAGUCCCUUAUGGAUGUGCUAUCCAAUAUGUACGAAAAACCAUCAACCGCGAAUAAGAAAGGCAUUGUUACUGCGAUCAGUAGCUCCAUAGCAAAAUCGAAGCUGAAGUACGAUGAGGUCAUCAGCAUGAUUUUGACGGAAGAGAUGAGAAUACAGUCGAACAAUGCCUCCACUUCAAGUUUAGGCUUGAACAUGGAAAACCCAGGAAAAGGAAGUGGGCAUAGACGAUCAAACAAUCGUGGCAGAUCUAGGACCAAGCGGGUAUGGAAAGCUAUGGUUAGAAGCGAAACUAGUUUAAGAAUUAAGAAGCUGAAAACCGAUAACGGUGGUGAGUAUGAAGACACCGGGUUCAAGACAUUUUGCUAUGAGGACGGUAUCAAAAUGGAAAAAACUGUGUCAGGUACGCCUCAACACAACAGCGUAGCUGAGUGGAUGAACCGAACGUUGACUGAAAGAGUCAGAAGCAUGCGUAUACAGUCAAACUUACCAUUGCAGUUCUGGGCAGAAGCAGUCGGCACAACAGCGUACUUGAUUAACAGGGGUCCAUCAGUACCAUUGGACCACCGUAUACCAGAAGAGUUGUCAUAA